AUGUCCACCUUCGACGUUGAAGACGUUCUCAAACAACUUAACACUAAGGAAAAAGUCCAGCUGCUUGCUCUAAAGGACUUCUGGCAUACGCAGGAGAUUGAGAGACUGAAUAUUCCUUCCAUACGGCUCAGUGAUGGCCCUAAUGGUGUCAGAGGUACCAAGUUCUUCAAAUCUGAGCCAUCUGCCUGCUUCACAUCGGGCACCGGUAUGGGAUCUACUUUCAAUGUACAAUUAUUGGAGGAGGCAGGACGCAUGAUGGCUACUGAGGCCAAACACAAAGGCGCUCAUGUUAUAUUGGGUCCAACUUGUAACAUUCAGAGAGGACCCUUGGGUGGAAGGGGUUUCGAGUCUUUCAGUGAAGAUCCGUUUCUUUCGGGUCUCUGCUCUGCAAGUUUGAUCAAUGGUAUCCAAAGUAAAGGAAUUGCGGCCACAAUCAAGCAUUAUGUUUGUAACGACUUGGAGGAUGAGAGAAAUUCUGUUGACUCGAUUGUUUCAGAAAGAGCUCUUAGGGAGAUUUAUCUGAUGCCGUUUCAGUUAGCCAUCAAGUAUUCUCAGCCAAAAUGCGUGAUGAGCUCCUACAACAAGGUGAAUGGUGAGCACGUUUCACAAUCCAAAAGGCUGCUCACUGAUGUGCUGCGAGAGGAAUGGGGCUGGAAUGGUCUGGUUAUGUCCGACUGGUUCGGUGUCUACUCAAUCAAACCUUCUAUUGAUGCGGGUUUGGACCUGGAGUGUCCCGGAGUUCCAAUUAUGAGAAAAGUGGAUGCCCUUUUACAUGCUGUCAAUGCCCGAGAGAUUAGCGUAGACGUGGUCGACGAAAGAGUCAGAAACAUUCUGAACCUGGUCAAGUAUUCUAUGGAAAGCGGCAUUCCAACAAAUGCUCCGGAAGAUUCCAAGAAUAAUGUUCCGGAGACGUCUGCUUUGCUCAGAAGGCUCGCCUCAGAAGCUAUUGUGUUGCUGAAAAAUGAGGAUUCACUUUUGCCUUUGAAGAAGACAGACAAGAUCGCUGUGAUUGGCCCAAACGCUAAAGCGGCUAGAAUCUUUGGUGGUGGCUCUGCUUCGAUGAAUCCUUACUAUGCUACAAGCGUUUUCGAUGGUAUUUCUGGUAAACUCGGAGAGCUCCCACUCUAUGCUGAAGGUUGCUCAAUUGAGAAAAACCUGCUUGACCUGGGCACCUUGUCCACUUUCAACGGUUCAAAAGGUGUUUAUUGCAAGGUUUACAACCUUCCUGCUGAGUCUCCUGACCGUGUCAUUGUUGAUGAGUUUGCAUUGAAUUCUACGAAACUGAUCUUGUUCGAUUACAAAAACGACAAGCUGGAUACCAACUUAUUCUAUAUGGAUAUCGAGGGCGAAUUUACUGCCGAGGAGACCGGUACCUACGUGAUUAGCGUGAGCUGUCUUGGAACUACGCAAUUUUUCAUUGACGGUAAACUAGAGAUUGAUGACAAGAAUAAUCAAGUCCUUGGAUCUGCAUCCCUGGGCGCAUGUACUGCUCCCAAGACCAAGGAACUUUAUAUGAACAAGGGAGACUCUUUCAAGUACAAGAUUGAAUUUGGUUCGGGUCCAACGUUUACUCUGGAGACUACUGAUCUGGUUGCAUCUAACGGAGGAGGAGCGCUUUAUGUUUCAGCCAUGAAGGUUGAGUCAGAUAAGGAUAGAAUCAAAAAGGCUGUCGAAGUUGCAUCACAAGCUGAAAAAGUUGUUCUUUGUGUUGGAACAUCAUCAGACUGGGAGAGUGAGGGAUACGAUAGACCAGUUAUGGACCUUCCUGGUAGCCAAGAUGAGCUCAUCCAAGAAGUGCUUAAAGUCAACAAGAAUGUGGUGGUGGUCAAUCUUUCCGGUACCCCAGUCACAAUGCCAUGGGUCGAUGAGACUCCGGCCAUAGUUCAGGGGUGGUUCAAUGGAAGUGAGAGUGGAAAUGCAAUUGCUGAUGUUAUCUUUGGUGAUGUCAACCCGUCUGGUAAAUUGAGUUUAACUUUCCCAAAACGAUGCCAAGAUAAUCCUGCAUACCUUACCUUCAAGUCCAACAAGGGAAAGGUUGUUUAUGGUGAAGACACCUUUGUGGGAUACAGAUACUACGAAAAAUGCGAAGUUGAUCCUUUGUUCGCUUUUGGAUUUGGUCUUUCAUACACCACCUUUGCUUUCUCUUCUUUGUCAGUCAAAGUUGACGCCGGGAUUAUUAUCGCCUCUGUGGAAGUGAAAAAUACUGGUGGAGUGGCCGGCGCCGAGGUUGUCCAGUUAUACAUCAGUCCACCAAACGAUACAACGGAAGAACGUCCCCUGAAGGAACUCAAGGGCUUCAAUAAAGUAUUCCUCGAACCUAACGGGGCUUCCAAUGUGGAGAUCCAAGUUCCACUGAAGUAUGCAUGCUCCUACUUUGAUGGAGAACGCAACAAGUGGUCAAUUGAGAAAGGAACAUAUCGAGUGCUAGUUGGCAAUGCUUCCAAUUCGAAGCAGUUCCUGACAAGUUCGUUUGAAAUUCAGGAAUCAUCCUAUUGGACUGGUUUGUAA